UAGUUAAGAUUAUGGUGAUCGACUGGCACUAUACACAUUGAACAAGAGCUAGCACAAGAGAAUUAAUAGUACAUAUGGCUUCAAUAUCCUUUGCUUCCUCUAAAGCUCUCAAGUCAACGUUCCUGGUUUUGUGCUUCUCAGCCUCACUCCUCCACCUAGUGAAGGCUCACGGAGGAGGAGGAGACGACGGUGCCCACGACCAUAAUCCUGAAAAUUUGCACUCAAGGGGUCUGAUCUUGGUCAAAAUAUGGUGCUUGAUCAUCCUCCUAAUCUCCACUUUCGCUGGCGGUGUCUCCCCCUACUUCUACCGCUGGAACGAGGCCUUUCUUCUAUUAGGAACUCAGUUUGCAGGUGGCGUUUUCUUGGGAACCUCUUUGAUGCAUUUCUUGAGCGAUUCCAAUGAAACGUUUAGAGACCUCACUGAGAAAACCUACCCUUUCUCCUUUAUGCUUGCUUCGUUUGGGUACCUUCUCACCAUGUUUGGGGACUGUGUGGUGUUGUUUGUGACUAGUAAUAGCCAAAAGGAAGCCAAGGUGGGGGAAAUGGAAGAAGGAGGAGGGAGAACAACGCAAGAGCGAGAGGAAGAUAGGGAGUUUUCGGUGGAGAAAACUACAAACCAUGCAUUCAUGAAAACUUCUUCUUUAGGAGACACCAUUCUGCUCAUCCUUGCUCUGUGUUUUCAUUCGAUUUUUGAGGGCAUUGCUGUUGGUGUUUCAGGUACUAAGGCAGAAGCAUGGAGGAACUUAUGGACAAUAUCAUUGCACAAGAUAUUUGCUGCAGUUGCAAUGGGGAUUGCUUUGCUUAGGAUGAUACCAAAGAGACCCUUAUUAAUAACAGCAGCAUAUUCUUUUGCAUUUGCCAUUUCUAGCCCCAUUGGCGUGGGGAUUGGCAUUGCCAUCGACGCCACCACACAAGGACGCACCGCAGAUUGGAUGUACGCCAUAUCUAUGGGCAUUGCUUGCGGUGUUUUCGUCUAUGUUGCCAUCAAUCAUUUAAUAUCCAAGGGAUUCAAGCCGGAGAGAAAGAGCCGUUUCGACACUCCAUGGUUUAAGUUUCUUGCUGUGCUUCUUGGUGUGGCUGUUAUAGCAGUUGUCAUGAUCUGGGACUGAUAUAUAAUCAUGUUUUCGAUUCCUGUUUUCCGAUGAAUGUUGUGUUUUACCUUGUUUUUCUACCACUACGUGCACCUGUUUCUUGUGUAUUUGCCAAAGUUUUAAAGUGUAUUGUAAUGGAUUUCUUUGGGAUUAUAAUUAAGGUUGAAUUGUUACUUGAGCUGAUAAA